UCUCGCUGGUGUGUGUGUGUUCUCGCCUUCGCCCGCAAAGAUCGCCUGAUAUGGGGGGAAAUGAGCGAGCAGGGCCCCCGUUGAGGAAGUGAGAUGAUAAGGUUGCGGCGCCUCGACUACUGCAACAUUUCUGUGUUUCGUGGUUCCCAGGACUGCCAUGCCGCAACAGCGAGUGUUUGCCCUGCCGAGACAGCAGUCUCUGCUCCUGCCACCGGUCAUCAACCCGUUUGUUCAAGACACACAACUAACCAAAGCUGCGGUUAUUAAAUGUGUCCUCCUGGGUAUCUUCCUGGUCCCUAUUCGAGCCAUCCUCCUGUCCCUGGUUCUCAUGGUGACAUGGCCAGUAGCUGUCAUAAUAACCUUCAAGCAUCCUCUGAAAGGAACUGUGGAACCAAUGACGGGCUGGAGACGGUUCAUGUGUCAGAAGGUGAUGGCUGCCUUGGGGAGGACCUACUACUUCUGCAUGGGUUUCAGGGUGGUGGUCAAGGGCAAACAAGUCAACAGCAGUGAGGCCCCCAUCCUGGCUGUGGCCCCCCACUCCACCUUUUUUGAUGGGAUUGUAUGCAUUGUAGCAGGCCUGCCCUCCACCGUCUCCAGAGUCGAAAAUCUGGCUACACCCAUCUUUGGCAGGUUUGUGCGCUGUCUUCAGCCAGUGCUGGUGUCAAGAAAGGACCCAGACUCCAGGAAGAACACAAUCCAAGAGAUUGACAGUAGAGCCAAGUCAGGAGGCAGCUGGCCACAGGUUCUGAUAUUUCCUGAGGGAACGUGUACAAAUCGCUCAUGUCUUAUCACUUUCAAACAAGGUGCCUUUAUCCCAGGAGUUCCUGUGCAGCCUAUACUGAUGAGAUAUCCCAACAAACUAGAUACUGUGACUUGGACUUGGCAAGGUUUCAGCUCGAAGACCCUGCUGCUUCUAACUCUCUGCCAGCUGUACACCACAGUCGAGAUAGAGUUCCUGCCACCUCACACACCCACAGAGGAGGAGAAGAAAAGCCCGCCUCUGCUUGCAAGCAGAGUGAGAGACAUUAUGGCCCAGGCUUUGGGUGUUCCAGUGACAGACCAUACAUAUGAAGACUGUCGUCUGAUGAUCUCAGCUGGGGAGCUGACGCUACCCAUGGAGGCUGGCCUGGUGGAGUUUACCAAAAUUAGUCGAAAACUCAAUCUGAAGUGGGACAAUUUGAAGAAAGAUCUGGAGGGCUUUGCAGCUAUGGCAAGCUCCUGUAAGGGAGGACGCAUCACCAUCGCAGAGUUUGCCAGUUUCCUCAAGCUGCCUGUCAAUCCAGCCCUUGAGGAGCUGUUUGCACUGUUUGACAGGAAUGGAGAUGGCACCAUAGAUUUCAGAGAGUAUGUUAUCGGAGUGACCAUCUUGUGUCGGCCAGCGAACACUGAAGACGUUCUUCUGAUGGCUUUCAAGCUGUUUGACACAGAUGAGGAUGAGAAAAUCACCCGAGAGGAGUUUACCGCUCUUCUGCGCUCCGCUCUGGGCGUGUCAGAUCUAAACAUGGCCAAGCUCUUCAAGGAGAUUGAUGCUGACUGCUCUGGUUUCAUCACCUUCAGUGAAUUUCAAGCCUUCGCCACGACGCACCCAGAGUAUGCCAAGCUCUUCACCACCUACCUGGAGCUUCAGAGAUACCAAGCGAUCAAAGAGGCGAGACCAGGUGAUCUGGAAUUGACUGGUCAGACCAGCUCAGGAGACAAACAUGAGGACAGCACCUCUGACAAGAAAGAUGACUGAGUACAACUGUGAACUCUGCUUGACUGCAAGACAGAACACUGUAAACACUGUACUGAGAUGGAAGAUGUAAGAGUGCCAUCUGCCCUCCCAACGACAUCUAGCAAAUUCAAGUCAUUUACCACAGCAGAGCCAUAUACAUCAUGUGCUUGCCUUUUUAUACAGUUUUUAGAGUGCUUCUAUUUUCAGUUUUAGUGCCUUAUAGAGAUUUAAAAACAAACAAAACAAAAUCAAGUUCCCCUUUGCCAGUGCACAAGAAAUGUCUUAUUGGAGACCUUUUCAUGUGUAAAGUUUUGCAUGUGUGAGCUUUUGUCACGUGUUUAUCAGAAAAGAGCAAAUGAAAAGUUAGUCGUAGGAUAAAAAUAUGGAAGAAAACUAAACCCUGAAAGACUUUUAGAGUCCUUGUGUCAGUGACAGUGUUUUAUGAUAUACUUGAAUGUUUUUCCCACAUCAUAGUAAAUAGCCUCACCAUGUUUUUGAUUCGGAUACGUUAUUCUGUUUAGACUGAGUUUACCUUUGAUCAGAUUUAGAUGAACAUAGCUACGUCGAAAUCCACUUUUGUCUUUGUGGUUUUCUGUAAGUUAGUGGAAAAAUUGCCAAACCAACACCUUUUUCAAUAUGAGCGAAGAGUCCUUGUGCUUCUGUGUUGCAGUAUAAUUAGUGUAAAGUAAGCUUUAUUAAGAUCUAUUCAAUCUGGCAACCCACCGAUGCUCUGUAUUAAAUCUAUGUCUACGAAGAGCAUACAUGCUGUGCAUUACACUUUUUUCCAGCGCUCAGGGACACAGACCUUGUAAGACGGCUGUAUAAUUAGCCAGAGGUUUGCUUUGCAUGUGUAUCUAUUUGCAUUUCUACUGAAGAUUUUUGUUGCUGAGACAGCAGAGCGUCUACACAGCUUUAAGUUUACUAAAGCAAAUCAACCACUGAAAAUAGGGCAAUUUGUGAGCAAAAAGGCAACAGUGGUUCUUCACAACAGCAUAUUCCAGCGGGGUAUGCUUUCAGAUUAACUAGCGGCACUGUUAUUUAUUUAGCAGGGCGCAUUACAAUUAUGUGAUUUUUUUUUUUUCUUUCUUUUUUUUGUUAACACUGCAAAGUUUGCUUUUUAAAAUAAAACAAGAAUACAAUUUUAACUAAUGCCUAACUUGUGUUUUUAUAUUAACCACUGAGGAAACUUGUAAUGACUUUUGUAGACUUUGUUUAUAACGAAGUAUAAAUGCAGUGGAUGGGCUGCUGCUGAAUAUCUCAUUCUCUGAGCCACCACCAGGUGCCAGCAGUUACCUGUUACAGUUCUAUUGUGAUUUGUGUGUGGGGAUUUCUUUGGUUCUUUGGGGUAUUUGUUGUUGUUUUUUCAUCCAUGCUUAUUAGUAGCAGUUUGAGUUUGAGACAUUUUGGCCUGUCCUUAAAUUAGUGAUCAGGGUGAAACAACAAUGAAGUUUAAGAUAGCCAGGUUUAAGGUCUGGCUUGCAGUGUUAUGGGUUGGGGUUUGGAGAAUGUGUAUAUAUAUUCUGUAUGUAACAUGACUCUGGAGAACAAUGAUGUUUUCAAUGCAAAAACCAUAUAGGCAGGCGUUCUGUGUACACAUUUUUUCUGGUUCAUGGAGUCAUGAAAUUGCUUUAAACUAAAGCAUCACUUAUGCAAAGCAAAUAUUUUGAAUUGCUGCAAAUGUGACAUUUAAUCAUGAGUAACCUCACGAUAGAACAUAAAGUAAGGUUUAAAAUGAAUGAUUACUGUUAUCAUCUUUACAGUCUCAGACCAGCAGAAAACCUUAAACAAACAGACUUCAAGAAAUCUAUCAUUUUUUAGUUCAAAGCAUGGAAAGCUUUAGCAAUAUCUUAAAGAAAAUAAUCAUGUUCUAAUGAAUUAUGUGCUAUAAUUGCUCUAUUUGUCAGCACUGCAGUGUGCAUUGUGUAUAUUUCAUUUCUUUAUCUGGCCUGUCUUUGACCCAACCUGCUUUAAGAGGUUGAAAUAAUGAACGGAUACAAUGCAUUCACGUAACAUACCAUUCAUUUAUCAUUAAAGAAACACAAUGUAAAUAGGCAACCGAGACUUGGAGAAUUUUCACAGAUUGUAAAUGAUUCUUUAGCAUGAGAAUGUUUGUUUUUCUUGUCAGAUAGAAUAGGUCCUUCAUCUAUUGUCAAUACAACUUCAGAUCAUUUCAUAGAGAAUUUGUGUAAAACUGUACCUGUACAUCCAAUAAACAUUUAAUCAGA